CUAGCAACAACAACAACAAGGAGGAAACAAUAACGUCAACAACAACAACAACAACAACAGCAGCAGAAGCAACAGCUAACAAAUUGUUGCCCACGCUUCAGCAAAAGUUAACAUCCAACAACAACAACAACAACCACAACAAUAACAAUACCAACACCAAUACCGAUACCGUUACCGUUACCAACUCCUCCGUGACAACAACAACCUCUUCCGCAUCUUCCGCUUCUACCAUCUCUUCUUCCUCCUCCUCCUCCUCCUCUUCACCAGCUCUAUUAACAACAUCUAAGCCCUGCAAUUGCUGUUGCGCUCACGUUUUGCAACGACAACAGUUGGAGCAACGACAAUUGAUACAGCAAAACGCCGCAGUUGCCGCCGCCAAAGAGCUAGUACGUUCCGUAACAGCCACCAGCAUCAUGGAUAUGCCCUAUAACACCUCGCCGUCGUUACGCGUGCGUACCACCUCAUUGAAUCAGUUGAAGAAGACCGCCGACCUGGCCAUCGAGAAUGAGUUGCAUGUCUGUCCAUCGGUGAUGUCGGAUGAAUUGCGUAAGCUGUUGCCGCCCACAUCGGAAACGGUGAUGACCAAACCGUUUCCGAUUCGGGGCGAGCGUACAAUAGCCGAUUGUACAACGCCGCAUGUGAUCGCAAUGGUGGGCCUGCCCGCCAGGGGCAAGACAUUUAUAUCGAAGAAGCUGGCGCGUUAUCUCAAUUGGAUUGGCAUCGCGACGCGUGUCUUUAAUUUGGGCGAGUAUCGUCGUCAUGCAACGACUGCCUACAAAUCCCAUGAAUUCUUUCGUGCCGAUAAUGAGGAGGCAAUGGCCAUUCGGAACCGCUGUGCUAAUCAAGCACUACACGACUCGUGUGAUUGGCUGUUGAGUGGACUCGGCAGCAUCGCUGUCUUCGAUGCCACAAAUUCGACGCACGAUCGCCGUCAAUUGAUCUAUGACAUUGUGGUUAAGCAACAUGGCUUCCGUUUGUUCUUUGUGGAGUCGAUAUGCGAUGAUCCGCAAAUCAUUGAACAGAAUAUAUUGGAAGUGAAGGUCAGCUCACCGGAUUACAUCAAUAUGAAUACGGAGCUGGUUGUCCGAGAUUUCUUGCAACGCAUCGAGCAUUACGAGGAGCGAUAUCAACCGAUUGACGAAGUCGCCGAGUCGCAUCUCAGCUUCAUGAAGGUCUACAAUGCCGGCAAAAAGGUCGUCGUCUAUAAUAACGAGGGUCAUGUGGAAUCGCGCAUUGUUUACUAUCUAAUGAACAUUCAUAUAACGCCACGCACCAUCUAUCUAACGCGUCACGGUGAAUCGGAGCACAAUUUGAGCGGCUUAAUUGGUGGUGACUCGAACUUGAGUCCCCGUGGACAUCAAUAUGCCAGAGCGUUGGCCUCGUUCAUCUCGCAGCAACAGAUCGAUGGAUUGCGUGUGUGGACCUCAUGGAUGAAGCGUGCCAUACAGACGGUAGCAGAUGUCAAGGCGCCCCAGGAGCGUUGGAAGGCAUUGAAUGAGAUCGAUGCGGGCCACUGUGAAGAGAUGACCUAUGAGCAGAUUAAGGAGCGUUUUCCCGAAGAGUUCAAGGCGAGAGAUCUCAAUAAGUUCGCUUAUCGUUAUCCACGCGGCGAGAGCUAUGAGGAUCUGGUGGCGCGACUUGAGCCUGUUAUCAUGGAAUUGGAGCGUCAGGGCAAUGUGCUCGUUGUCUCCCAUCAGGCUGUCCUAAGGUGUUUGUUCGCCUACUUCCUGGACAAGUCAGCGGAUGAGUUGCCCUAUUUGUAUGUCCCAUUGCACACGGUCAUUAAGCUAACACCUGUCGCCUAUGGCUGUAAGGUGGAGCAUAUCAAGUUGCCAAUCGAUGCUGUCGAUACGCAUCGUCCAAAGCCAAAGAUACCCGGAGAUGUUAGCGAGCCAGGUUUGGAUGGUCUAAGCGGUGAGCUGGUUGCGCCCGAUGGCGUCGGCAAGGUGCUCAUCGUGGGCGAUGAUGUGGCUACGGCAACGUCUGCCUCCAAUGGCAACAGCGGUCGUGCGGAUAAUACCCAAUGACAUUGCACCAAGCCUCCCAAAACAAUGAAAUCCAAGACAUUAUAAAAAGGCAACCGAGAUAACCAAAAGACCCCCAAUCCCCACCCACCAAUCAAUUAACUAAUCCGACCCUGGACCUGGCCCCGGCCCCGCCCCCAUUGGAUAAUAGCUCUGUAAUUGAAGUAAAUGGAAAAGACAUUUCCCUCACACACGCACACGCACAUACACAGCCACAGCCACAGACAGACAGACAGCGCGGGCGUUGUAAUGUUAACAUAAGCGUAAUGGUUGCUGCCAACAGAGCAGUUAACAGUGAAGUUGAUGGAUGUAAUAACUGCAAGCUUAACAGUAUACUUAACCGUUAACAGUAGCUCUAACCACUGCUGUUAGCAGAAUACACAGUUAACAUUAAAAGCUGUAAUGGCAGUCAGAAAGUUAACAGCAGUUAUAAAUUGUAGCACCUGGCUUUAACAUAAUCAAUAAUUGCAGAUUUAACACUAGCUGUUAGCAAAUCAAUUAACAGCUGCUUAUCUUGAAUGUUAGAGUAACAGAGAGCUUGAAAUUGCAUUUUGAAACCACACGCUUAACAGUUGCUGUUUGCAGAGUCGUAACAGCAGCAGUAACAUCGGGAACACACAACUGUCACUUAAAGAGACACAAUAUAGUUCUGACUGCUUACAUUUAGUGUUAACUGCUGUUCAAUAGCUUUAACAAUCAACCGAUUGAAGAAUACUUUAAGUACAACUGUAUGAGUCAUUGAAUGAAACGGGCUUAGCAGCUUCUGUUAUACCUUAUGUUGGCAUAUUCCCUCUAACAGUGUACUUACAUAAAACAACAGAAACAGAAAUUAUUUAUAGACUGCUUUAAGUGAACUGUGUUUAUCAAUGUUAGCUGUAACAGUAAAAGCUUCUGUACUUAUGUAAUGUUAGCAUACUGUUAACACUUGGUUAACAGCUGUUAACAGUUAACAGUUGCCAUAUUCUCUUAUCCUUUAUCUAUGUAUCUAUAUAUUUCUUACGUCUCUCUAUUAUGCCUGUUUGCCUUUCGUGUUUAUAUAGAUAUAUAGACGUAUAUCGAUAUAUAUAUUUCGAUGCUUGUUGUCGAAACUUUUUUAUAUUGAAUUUUGAAUUAAUGUUUGUAAUUUGUCUGUCCUUGCUAAAUUGUGAUUGGAAUGACUCUGUUAUAUCGAUGUACUUUACGCUCACUAGAGAGAUGAACCACUAAAAAACUUAAAAUUUAAAUCCUAGCAUUAGCUUAAGACGAAAUAUAUAUAUUU